CGGACACCGGUCGGAGCUCGCGCUGGCUCCUGUUGCCACAGCAACCACGGAGGAGAAAUCCGUGCAUCUUCUGAUGCUGUAGCAUUACCGCAAUGAGGGGGAUGUAGCAGUUGUGCUCGGACAGAUUGACUGUGACUCACCACAAAGCGACGAGAAAAGGAAAAUGUAGCAGUAAUAGACGAUUGUUAUGUUGGAUACUGGUUUUCGAGGCGCAAUCAAGACCUGAGGUUUUUGCAGAAUGAACAAAGAGCUUCAAGAACUCCGAGGACAAUAUAAGCAUUCAUAGUUGAAGGUCAUGAUCAAGUGUAGCCAUUACUAGAAGAAGAAAAUAUCUGACAGUAUUCAGGAUGAUUCUGCUGACUUUAUCUGAAUCUGUGAUUCUUCCACCUCAUUCCAGAAUCAGUUAUGGAUAACAAGGCAAAAACACGCUCUGUGUCCAGACUCUGAUUUCAAAAGAAACCGGCAGACGCUUGACAGUCCUGCUAUGGAAUAUUUUUGGACCUCUCUGGUGUCAACUGACUUGAUUUCUUUGUCUCUUCGGUUUUGUCUUUCUCUAAACCAUGCUGGAAAAACCCAAGUAAGUUCUGGAACUGAGUGCGGACAGUGAAGGGAGAUCCUCAUUUAGCAUGCACUGAAUUUGCAUAUUGUUGUAUUUUAGCAGUCUGCUUGUCAUAAAUACAUUAGGGUGUCAUAUCAUGGACAUGUUAAAGCUUUCCGUCAGGACUCAGUUUUGCUUCUGUGGACUUCUAAUCAGCAUUAUGUGCUGCAAGCUCUUGAAAAGAUUAAUUUAAGCAGUCCUUGUUGGUGAAAAACAAACGCAAAGCAGAAAAACAAGGGCUACCAAGGACGGUGCUCAGGUGCUGCUCCUAUAGCAUACUAAAAUUUGCACCUGCUUCCUGGCUCUUCCAGUCCUCUCGGCUGUGGCUGCACUCCAUCUCUCAGGAUGAGCCAGAAGUCUGACUCUGAGACUGAGGGCUCCCAGGCACCAGUGAUUUAUACGGUGGAGGAACUGGAGUGCAAGAUCUGCUACAAUCGCUUUGACACCCGAGCUCGCAAGCCCAAGGUGUUGAGCUGCUUGCACCGCGUCUGUGCCAAAUGCCUCAAGAAGAUGGUAGAGCUGGACUCGUCUCCGAGCAUCAUCAGCUGCCCCUUCUGUCGUCAUGAGACUCACGUCCCCGAUGAGGAGAUCUGGUUGCUUCAAGAUGACAGCAACAUACUGGCCAUUCUGACUUACCAGGACCGGGCACGUAAGAGCGGCACCACACACAGCGGCGAGGUCCUUUUGACACCCAACAGCCUGAGCGGAGGCGAGCAGGCCCACAGCUCCUCCGAUUGCCUCGUCAUCACAAUCAUGGAAGUCCCUGGAGAGUCGCAGUCCUCUGACUCUAUGAGCAUGUUGAACAUGGUGCGCUUGUAUCGGCCGGCCAGCCUGGACUCCUUGCCUUGCCACCUGCCCGUGCAGAAGUGCCGGGCAUGGACGUCUCGUUCGGUUUCUCGCUUUUUGAUGGGUUUCCUCUGCCUGGUCUACUUCAGCUCGCUGCCACUGGGGAUCUACUUACUGAUGAUCCAGCAGCUCACGAUGGGAGUGAUCUUGGUCAGCCUGGUGCCCUCCACCCUGGUCCUUUGUGUGUUCUACGGCUUCUGCCAAUGUCUGUGCCAUGAGAUCAUGGAGGCCAUUGCCACAUAACACCCCACGGUUGAU